AGUGGACAGUUGACAGAAUCCAUGUGUGUUGGUUCGGCAAUGUCGUGGUGACUGGUGCGGUAGCAGUUUGAAACGGACGAUUCGAUCGAAGGCGAUCCGUUGACGACGGAGAAUGAAUUGCGAUCGAUCCAAGUGCAGAAAAGACGAUCCUUUUUUUUCUCCGCUCGCUCUCGAUUCGUCCUUGUGCGAACCCUAGAAUCGCUGCUGCGGCUGCUGGAGGAUCGAGGCGCAAAGACGAACAGUUGGCUUGCUGGUGAGCGUCUCGUGAUCCCUUCUGGAGAAAAUCCCAUCUUUGGAGGAUUGGAUCGCAAAUAUUUGGUAGAUGAUUUCGUAGGGUUUCUCGAUCCCUCGCCGUCUCAUUAGAUAGUUUUCCCGGGAGGAUUUAGGGUUUGUGUCGGGAGAUUCGGCGGUUUGUUCUAUUUGGUGUGAAAUUCAGCCUGUUGUUCGAGCAUCUUCCUUUGAUCAGAAAAGGGUGAUUAGCUAGAGCAGAAAAGAUGAAGCCGAGGAGCAAACCAGAUGAAGAUGAGGCUGACUUCUUCCCUUGCCCUCCGAGGAAAAACUGGUCUGUUGGGUUGAUCAAAUUCAUCUCUUUUCUGGUCAUAUUCAUGGCCGGGGUCGUCAUAGGCUUGUCAGCGAGUGGUCGCUUCACCCGUUCCUUCAAUUCACAGACCGAAAUCUUUUUCCCGAGUACAAUGUACAUGGCCAACUGUGAUAAGGAGUUUUUGAGCUUCAAGAGUUUUGUAACUCCUGAGCAUUUGAUGCAUAGUAUGACAGACGAAGAGCUAUUCUGGAGAGCUUCUAUGGUGCCUAAGAUGGAAGAGUAUCCAUUUCAAAGGGUGCCAAAGGUGGCCUUCAUGUUCAUGACAAGAGGGCCUCUGCCCUUCGUGCAACUGUGGGACAGAUUCUUCAAAGGCCAUGAGGGGCUGUAUUCAGUAUAUGUCCACACACUUCCUGAUUACAAACUUAAUGUCUCCGAAAGUUCUGCGUUCUACAGCCGGCAGAUCCCUAGCGAGGAGGUUUCUUGGGGAUCAGUGACAUUAGUCGAUGCAGAGAAGCGUCUCUUGGCCAAUGCUUUGCUGGAUUUCUCCAACGAACGCUUUGUUCUCCUCUCUGAAAGUUGCAUUCCAGUGUACGACUUCUCAACCGUUUACAACUAUCUCGUAUACUCUGCCCACAGCUUUGUUGAAUCCUACGACGAGAUCUCUCAACAAGGUCGCGGCCGUUAUAACCGUCGCAUGGCUCCUACAAUCAAGCUCUAUCACUGGAGAAAAGGUUCCCAGUGGUUUGAACUCAACAGAGAACUGGCAGCGUACAUCGUAGCAGAUUACCAGUACUACUUAAUCUUCCGCAAAUACUGCAAGCCUUCUUGCUAUCCAGACGAGCACUAUAUGCCGACUUACCUGAACAUGUUCCAUGGUUCUUUAAACUCGAAUCGGACUGUCACCUGGGUUGACUGGUCGAGGGGAGGGCCUCAUCCAGCAGCAUAUGGUGCUUCCAGUAUCACACUGGAAUUUAUCCAGUCUAUUCGAAACAAUGGAACCACAUGUACCUACAACUCGAAACCGACAUCAGUUUGUUUCCUCUUUGCCAGGAAGUUCUCCCCGAAUGCCUUGGGCCCUCUUCUCAACCUCUCUUCAAGAGCGAUGGGAUUCUGAAGCUUUUAGUUCAAACCCACCACCUCCUAAGGCCGGAGAGGUAAUUGCUAUAUAAUCGACAUUCCAUCCCUCUUAUUAUUUAUACAUGUUAGUUUGAAACUCCUAGAGAAAAUCCAACACGAGGGAUUGAAAAAUAGGGUUAUUAAUAAAGUUGUCAUUAUCGAUUUUAUGAAUACCAAUUCAUGUAACUUCAUAGUGGAGGUGUUCAGUUUUGUAAUGCUGAAUUGCGGUGGUUACAGAUUGACUAAGUCGAACCAAACCCGAAAACUUAGUUUAGUGGUUCAUCGGUUUGGUUUCAGGUAAAAACUUAGUUUAGUGCUUC